AUGACUAUAUCGCCUACCAAGACUGAAAUACUGGGUAUUACUGCUGCUGCAGUAGUCUCAAUUACAGCAUUGCUAGCCUUGAAGUAUCCUGACCGUGGUGUAUUUCAUGAGCAUCGAGAAGGGCUUAUCGACAUGGAGGGAGCCCCAAUUCUUGGUAACCUUCCAAGUAUGAUCAAGAAUUUGGAUAGAUUUUAUGACUAUCUCACUGAGCAUCAUGAAAAGAUGAAUACUUUGACAUUUCGCGCCACUUUCUUCAUGAUGCCAAGCUUAAUUUGCACCGCAGAUCCUAAAAAUGUGGAGCAUAUUCUCAAAAAUAAUUUUGAAGGAUACAUUAAAGGUUCAGAGUUUGACUACACGAUGCACGAUCUUUUAGGUGAAGGUAUCUUCAAUUCAGAUGGUGAUAGAUGGAAAUCCCAACGCAAGACAGCGAGUCAAAUAUUUCAUGUAAAGAACUUUCGAGAUCAAUUCACAAAAGUAUUUGUAGAUGAAACCAAUUUGGCUUCUCGAGAGAUAUUCGACAAGGCGGCUGCUACAGGAGAGAUAAUUGAUCUUCAUGAUAUCAUGCUACGUUUCUCAAUGGAUUCUUUUGCAGAGUUAGGCUUUGGUGUCAAGCUGAAUUCGCUUCUUGAACGGGCUGACUUUGCGGAUUCAUUCGACGCAUUACAAUUGCAUUCAUUCAAAAAAUCCAUCAUACCAGGCAUUGAAGCGUAUGAAACAGCAAAGCAUUACAUGUUCUAUUGGAGCAAUUAUAAGUCGAUGAAGCAACAUCUGGAUACAGUCAAUACAUUUGCCAAGAAGCUCAUCAAAGAACGCCACGAAGAGGAGGAAGAAGCAAAAUUAAGCGACAUCAAGCACAAAAAGGGAGACUUAUUGUCACGUUUCAUAAAAGCAGCGUCCCGCAACGGACAGACGCUUGACGAUGAAGAAUUGAGAGAUACUAUCCUCAAUUUUAUUAUUGCUGGAAGAGAUACAACAGCCCAAGCACUCUCAUGGACCUUCUAUCAAUUGAUGCAAUUCCCAGAAAUACAAGAAAAGGUGUAUAGGGAGGUGGAGCAAUUCAUCAGCGAGGAAGUAGAGGCAGAUACCUCUAAAUUGUAUACUGUUGUCCAAGACAUGGUUUACUCCCACGCAGUGCUAUUCGAGGUCUUGAGACUCUAUCCUUCAGUUCCUGGCAACCAAAAGGAGGCAGUGAAAGACGAUGUAUGGCCUGACGGAACCAGAGUAUAUAAGGGCGAGCAAAUCUCAUGGCAGCCCUAUUGCCAAGGCCAUUUAACAAAGAUUUGGGGUGCAGAUGCAAAAGAAUUCAAGCCAGAGCGGUGGAUAUCCGACGCUGAUGGAUCACUUGUGCGUGUAUCACCUUUCCAAUGGUCGGUAUUUAACGCCGGUCCUCGCAUAUGUUUAGGUCAAAAUUUAGCCAUUUUGGAGGCUUUAGUAGCUAUUGCGCUCAUCACCAAGAGGUACAAGUUACACCAAGCUCCUGGCAAUAAAGUAGAGAUCCUGAACUUAGUAACAUUAUCCAUGAAAGAUGGACUCAAGGUCACCGUCGAGAAGCGAAAAGCGUGA